AGCCGCGAAGGAACAACUAUCUCUUAACGAGGCUCCAGGUACUAUCGACAACCAUGGAUUUUGCCAUUUCCUUAUUCUUCUGUGCGCUCACAUGGUCAUCAGUUCCAGAAGUAACGAGUGAUGCAGGAGACAUAGUGUCCAUUUAUAGUGCUGAUGCAAUCCCCAUUCGCCUACGUGGAGGCACCACCACCUCCGGUCGUGUGGAGGUCUACUACAACGACCAAUGGGGAACCAUCUGUGACGACGGAUUCGACAUUGACGACGCCAAGGUCAUCUGCCGUCAGCUUGGAUUCACCAACGUCACAGGCGCCUACACACAGGCACACUUUGGCGAAGGUGUCGACCCGAUUUGGCUGAGCAAUCUCGCCUGCAACGGCAACGAGGAGUCCCUAAAGGACUGCCAACACUCCGGCUGGGGCCCGAUCGCCAACUGCAAACAUGAGGAGGACGCCGGUGUGGAGUGCUCUGGAACACCAUCGGCAGCUGAGCUGUUCCAGAUGCUAAGCGAGCAGACCAACGCUCAUAUGCAACAAGCUGCGGUACUUGACGCACAGCAAACGACAAUCACGACCAUUCAGCAAGAACUGGACCAACUGGCUGCUGACGUGCCGACCCUGGUGCAGACCAGCGCUCUCCAGAACGGCGAGAUCGGCGAGCUUCAGCAGCUCAUGGGUACCCUGGACUACAAGGUGGACGAACUCAACAACAUGGCAGUGUUCCCUAUUCGUCUGAUGGGUGGAAACGCGUCACACGGACGAGUGGAAGUGUGGCACGACGGACAAUGGGGGAGCAUCUGCGACGACAACUGGGAUAUCAACGACGCGAAGGUGGUCUGCAGACAGCUAGGCUACGAGGAUGCCAUCACCGCCUACAGUCACGCCGAGUACGGGGAGGGGACAGGACCGAUCCUCAUGGACAGCGUCGCCUGUACCGGCCCGGAGCCGCAACUGGCCGCGUGCGCACACGAGGGAUGGGCGGUGCACGACUGCAAGCAUGAGGAAGACGCCGGGGUUGGGUGUCUCUAUCAAGAUGAGCAGGGCACCUGGGCUGCAUUCUCAGCUGGCUGGACAGCGGGUAACACCAAACCGAGCGGUGCUUACAUCAUCCCUUUCAACAGCGUCUACACCAACAUCGGAGGUCACUACUCCUCCUCAAACGGCAGGUUCACAGCGCCCAUUAGCGGCCACUACUUCUUUGUGGUUAACGCCCACUCUCAAUACCUCGGUAGCUACGAUGUCUAUCUCGAUUUUUUGAUAAACAAUAGUCCUUACAAGUCUAACUGGAUUUAUGACAUCGACAACCACGAUCACGUUGAUACAUCUAGUAACAGCAUCAUUAUCCACCUGAACAAAAACGACUAUGUUUCCAUCAGGAUUCACAGCAGUAGUUAUGCCCUGACCGGGUACGAGAAAACCACGUUCUCUGGCUUCUUGAUUCAGGCAGAUUAGCAUAAUAUAUGACGUAACAUAUGUGUGAAACAGUAUGUGUAUGGCAGUCUGAAAUUCACAUCACAGCAAACACCACCAGAUAAGUAUUUCAAAUGAAUGUUUUAAUAUGUUCAUUGUAUCGCGCAUAUUGUUCUAAUGAUAACCGGACAUAUCCCUGACCAUCCUGUUUUGUGUAUCAUCCACGGCAUCAAGAAUAAAUCAGUUAUAACUUGCGAUGAGACUGUAAUUAAUGAAAAUGUCAUGCAAUAUCACUCUUUCACAGGGAUUUGUGCUUUCAGGCCAUUUUGGUUCAAAUAAAGAAGGU